AUGUCGCUGUGGCCCGCCGGUGGAACCGACACCUUGUAUAUCGGCGGAGGAAAGCAAGCCUACGUCACCGACCCCUUCAUGCCGAUGAGCCAUUGCCUGCACCCUCUGAAGAACAGUGGAGAAAGUGCCCAGGCUGCAGAGGCAGACAGGCCUGCGUCCGAUGCGCCGGGAGCCGACUUGCAAGCCCAGCUGCCGGGCGGGGGCGACCUUGGAGAAGCCGAAGAGGCUGAAGCUGAUCGACAUCAACAGCAAAGUGCGCCCAGCUCCUCUUCUGCACACCCGCCUGGACGACCUGAGUUAGAAGUGACAGAUCCUGUAUCUGCAGAGGAACUGGCCGACAUACUCCGGUCCCCUCCAGGCAUUCAUCUGCCACAGGCCCCUGCAGAAGACGAUGAAAUGCUCCCUUCACCUGCCCGCGAUCUCGCCGAGCCUUCAAGGUCCUUCGAACAGGCAGCGAACGAGCUGUACUUGUGGAACUUCGAAAGCUUCACCUGCGACUGUGGCAUGCCGGCCAUGAUUCAGGCGACGACGAUGGCCAAGUUGACUCGUGCAUCUAGGUUCUUCAUGCCCUUGAACACUUGUUUUCGAAUGUAUGGCGACUGGACGAGUGCAGCGGUGCGCGCCUCGCCCGUGGCGCCAAAAGCCUUUCUGCAGUGCCAGGAUUACCCACGUGUCAUGGUGAUCCAGGCAAUCCAUACAGCAGAGCACGAAGUCACACUCGCCGAAGCUGCCGAGAAUGCCGCCGAAGAAACUCACGAGUCCCUGUCUGAAGACUUUGUUCCAGACGCUGGCUGCGAACGUGAGUCAGCACCCUCAGUGCACACCCCACAUGGACCGCUGUCAGUGAUAGCAGAGGAACCAGAGGAUGUUGCCUAUGCUGCACUCCUCGAAACAGCACCUGACCUGUCGGAGGCUGCCAGAGAAGCAUUAAGAAUAUUUUUCCAGCUAGAUAAGGUUGAAACCUUAGAGCAGUCUAGCGAGCCUUCUUACGACACCCGAAACACCCUGUACAUGCCACCAGUAGAGCUUGAACCCGUGGAAGAUGUCUACAUCCAACACCACCAACUAGGCAUCAACCCAAGCCAGUACGCCCGCUUGAAUGAGCAUGACGAAUCAGGGAAUGGUUUUACAGAGCUUUGGUUCACCAGAGAGUUCUCUAAGGUUAUAGGGGACGAUAGUCUUCUUAAGCCGGCAGAGACAUAUGUGCUUCGCAUGUACGCUUCGGGCUUCCGUAAUGCAGUGAUCCAACGUGAGAGCGACCUGCUUACAGAGCAGGAACUCCGAAGGCAUGAUGAAGCAGUCAAGGCCGCGAUACUUGAGGAACUUAAGAUCUGGGAAGGGUACCAAUGCUUUGAAAGGACACCGAGAAAGGGUGCUCACAACGUGAUGGACUCAAAGUUCGUUGCAAAGUGGAAGGUUCUUAAAGAUGCCUCAGGAGCUGACAAGCGCAUCAUUCGUAUGCGGCUGGCGCUCAGAGGCUUCAAGGACCUUCAGGCUCACGAGCUUGAAUCCCACGCAGCAACAGCCUCGCGACAAUCACAACGAUGCCUGUGCAGCGAGGCCGCACUGCAUCCCACCUGGAAGUUCAUUGCAUUGGACAUAAACAAGGCGUUUUUGCAAGGCCUCACGUAUCGCGAAAUACACGAACUGACAGGCGAAGACGAGCGCGACGUUUGCUUCACACUUCCGCCUGGCAGUGGAGCCUUGCUGCGCCAGCUGCCUGGAUAUGAGGACUUCGACGAGAGAACAGAAGUUCUCCGGUGUAUCAAGCCGGGAACCGGCUGCAAGGAUGCACCGAGAGCCUUUGCUCUCAAACUCGCGAAGUAUACCCGGCAUCCCAAGAUAGGGCUAACUCCGACGCUGUACGACAGCGAACUCGAAGUCAAGCUCAAAGACGGUCGGAUCGUGUUGAUGCUCGCUAAACACGUUGACGAUUUAAAAGUCGCAGGGGAACCUCCUGAAGUGGACGCUUUGGUAGCUCAUCUUGAAUCAGGCUUCGGAAAAUUGACUUUCAGUGAAAACUGCUUCACUAGCUGCGGACUCAGGCAUACACGAUUACCAGACGGAUCCAUAGAAAUGGACCAAGACGAGUACAUCAGUGCCAUGAAAGCUAUCCGUCACCCAGAACUGACGGGAAGGAAUAGCAAUGAGCCCUGCAGUGAGGCCGUGAAAGGGCUCUACCAGAGCCUGCUGGGAGCUGUUGCCUACGCCUUGAUGUCCCAAGCUUGGGCAUCAGUGUUUGUCAUAGCACUGCAGCGCCGCACUUCCAACCCCUUGAAUCUGCAUGUGCGCCGUCUCAACUUGUUGCUGGCUGCACUGCAGAAACAAAAAUGCAAACUGCGUUUCCCGAACAUGAAGUGUAGCCGUCACCUCGUUGCAUACUCGGAUGCUUCGUUUGACAAAGAAAGCGACAGUAAAGGCUACGGAAUGCGAGGAACCGCAGUACUACGGUUGGGAGUGCGAGAUGGCAAAUCUGUCUGCCACCUUUUGGAAGCCCAAUCUCAAAGCCUUCGUCUGGUUACUAGGAGCACCUUUUCUUCAGAAACCUUAGCAGCUGUCGGCACGGUCGACAACCUAGUGCCAUGGCUAUACACGCUUCACGAGGUGCAAACAGGACCACUAACUAGUGACGAGGCUCGCAGUUUACGCGAACACGGUGGCUUUUCCAUGGAAUCAGAGUUGGUGGUGGAUGCGAUGAACCUCUACCAUGCUUUGACAGCCAUAAGUCCUAAGCCACCUGCCGAAAAGACUUUGUAUUCCCAUCUGGCAUGGCUACGCGACUUGAUGUGUCGGCACAUUCCGAAUGUGGUGACAUGGUGCGACACGAGAGACAUGAUCGCGGACGCUCUCACGAAGGGCAAAGUAUCAAGAGAUGCUUUACUUGAAGCCAUGAAAGGCAUGUAUUCCCAAGUCCACGAAGCCAAACGCUACCGCAAGCCUGUGCCAACUGCAAGUAGCUCAUCCUCAAAAGAGGAGCGUAGCGAGCAGGGCACCGCAUGA